CCAGUGUCCCCCAUUCAUUCCGUUUGCCUCGCAUCCCUCCCAGGCAGCCGCGGCCUGCCCUCCCCUCCCGCUUCAGUCCGUCUGGAAAGAUGGCUGCUCCGGCGCUGCUCAGGAGCUCCGAGCCGGCGUUGUGCCCGAGCUUCGCGGAGGUCUGCUCGUUCCUGGAGCGCUACGGGGCCGUCCUCGACUUGCCCGAGAUGACGUUCCCGCAGAUGGAGGGCUACCUGCGCGACAAGGCGUCAGUUCCUAAACCUCUCAUAGAACUCCACGUGAAGCUGCUCCGAAAGCUCGGCAAGACGGUGACGACGGAGCGCUGGGAAAAAUACUUGGCCAAGAUGUGCCAGGAGCUGAACAGCGCUUGGGCGUGGGAGCUGGAACAGAACGGCUACCAGGACAUGUCCAUGGAGUGCAAGUCCAGCAUCCUUAAAUAUCUGUGCGAGUGCCAGUUUGACGACAACCUCAAGUUCAAAACGGUGAUCAACGACGAGGAGCCGGACAAGAUGCGACUGCAGCCCAUCGGGCGGGACAAGCAGGGCCUGAUGUACUGGCUGCAGCUGGACCAGGAGCAGAACAUCCGGCUGUACACGGAGGAGCAGGACGACCUCGACGGCUCCACCUGGAGGUGCAUCGUCAGAACCCGCAACGACCUGGCCGAAGCUCUGGAGCUCCUGAAGGCUCAAGUCUUUCCCGACCUGAACCGGGACCAAGAGCCGAAGCUGGCUGAAUCCGGGAGCAGCAGUCCCGCUGACAGAGAAGCAGUGGACGACGACGGCAAAGUCAACAACACCUCACAGGACGUCGCUGCCGACGUGAAAGUAGAAAAAGAGGAAAAACCCCAAAAGCAAGCCGCAAACGAGAAGCGGGAGGGGAAAGAGGAGACCAGCGAUCGAGCGCCACUCUUCGACAACCACGUGAGCACCAUCACUUCCGUCAUCAAAUCCGAGUGCAGAGACGUGUCUGUGGUCGCCACGACGACGACCGCGGCGGCUGCCAAGCAGGAGGCGAACAAGGAAGAGGAGGCCGAGCGCGCCGUGGUCAGGAGCAGCCAGCAGGCUAAGAUACCGCUGAAGAAGAGAGAGCUCAAAGUGGCCGAAAGCUACCAUGGCAACCACCUCAACAACAACAGCAGCAGCAUCAUAGUGUGCAACCCCUCCGUCAUACAGAGCAAGGACACCUCACUAGCGCCGCCCGGUGGCCAGACCCCAUCACAACAACAGCCGGAGCUGACUAACGGGAGAUCGUCGACGGUGUCGCGUCACGUGGGCGUCAUCCGUGGACCCACGUCCAGCGAAGAGAACGGCUGCAGAUUGGCGGAGGAAGAGAAGGACGCGCAGGGUUCUCACCCAACAACUGUGGAGGUGGGACGCCUGUCGGUGCUGGUGAGGAACGAGCCCGUCGUCGUGGAGGCGCCACGCGUCGACCGGGGUCCGAAGACCAGUGGUGACAAAGAAGGCGAUGAAAGCGUCCUUCAGGGGGACGAAGCCGACUUGGGAACACGAGAACUUCACGCGCUUGAAGAAGGGAGCAAAGACGAACAACAGAAGGACUCGAGUACUUUACAAAAAGCAGAGCAGACAAAAGAGGAGGAGAAACAAGAGGUAAAGGAGGAGAAGGAAGAGGAAGGCGUCAACGGCGGUCCAGCGGAUCAGUCGAGCGAGAAGGGUGUCGGGGAGAAGCCGCGACCGCGACAGGAGGCCUCCUCGGAGCUCCAGAAGGAAGGGAUCCGCUUGAAGAUCAAGAUCCCGCCUCAUCGCAGGAACAAGCUGAAGGCCAGGGAGCAGCAGAAGGACGCCGCGGAGGGAGGGAGGUCCCUCAGGAGGUCGGCCAGGAUCUGCAGGCCAAGCUCCAAGGCGGCAGAGAGCCCGAAAAAAAAGAAAGACCAGCGAAAGCAGACGAGAGAAGAAGAGGAGGAAGAUGAAGACGAAGACGACGAAGAGCUGAGCGUUGCUGCCAAAAAAGACGGAAAAGCACCAGCUGUCGUCCAGAUGAAGAAGCGCAGGGGUAAGCGGAGACACCGGCGCCCCCGCUGGUCCAACAUCCGCACCAAGCGCCGCAAACCCAACGAAGAAGACGAGGAAGCGGCGGACAAAGCCGGAGGAGGCCAGGAGGCCAGCGACGGCGGAAGCCGCUCGGACGACUCGUGCCAGUCCGAGGACGUUCCCAAGGAGGACGCCUGCACUCGCUGCGGCCUCCCCAACCACCCGGAACUGAUCCUGUUGUGCGACUCGUGCGACAGCGGAUAUCACACGGCCUGUCUCCGACCGCCGCUCAUGCUCAUCCCGGACGGCGAGUGGUUCUGCCCGCCCUGCCAGCACAAGCUGCUGUGUGAGAGGCUGGAGGAGCAGCUGCUGAACCUGGACAGCGCUCUGAAGAAGCGAGAGCGUGCCGAGAGGAGGCGGGAGCGGCUCGUGUACGUGGGGAUCAGCGUGGAGAACAUCAUCCCCGGAGACGAGGAAGACGAAAAGAUGGCCAAGAAGAAAGAUGACAAGAAGAGUAAAAAUUUGGGAAGGAGGUCCACCAGAACCAGGAAGCACAUCAGCUACAGAUUUGACGACUUUGACGACGCCAUCGACGAGGCCAUCGAGGAGGACGUCGGCGACGUAAACACAGGGGGAGGCAUACAGACGGCCGCGUUGUCCGAGCACGCCGCGGCGAGCCGCCGCCGCCCGAUGACGCUCGCCACCCAGAAUAGGAAGCGGCGGCGGCUGAACGACUUGGAGAGCGACAGCACGGCGGCGGAGAGCGAGGACGACUUCACGCUCAGCAACAGUUCUGAGGAGGAAGAAUUCGGAGGCUCGGGGGCCGACGACGACGACGAAGAAGACGAGGACGGGGGCAGCUGGGACGGCGCGGCGCGCCCCAAACGGGCGGCGAGAGCUGCGCCCAAACACAAAGCAGGCAGGACCAAACAUAAAGUCGGCAGGCCGCCGGGACGGCGACGGAGACGCUCCUCUGAGGAAGAGGAGGAGGGCAGUGAGGAAGACUCGGAUCAGUACAGUGACGUGUCGGACAAAAAGCGCGGCGGGCUAAGACGGGGCCAGCGGCAGCAGGUCAACUACCGGGAGACUUCGGAGUCAUCGGACAAUUCGCGGUCGUCCGCCAAAAAGAAAGAAGUGAGACCGCGAGGGCGGCCCCGCAAGGAACGCCUCUCCAGCGACUACAGCGACGCGUCGCCUUCCUCGCGAGACUCGGAAGAGGAGGACGAAGACGGAGGCGGUCGCAGGAAGAGGAAGCGAGAGAAGCUUCGCCGACUAAGAGAAGACGAAGACAUCUGCGCUCGCCUCGCCGAAGCCAAGGGGAGGCGACGUGACCGAGAUGAGGAAGAAGAGCGGGAGGGAGAAGACGGCCGGGCGAGAGGGAAACCACGUCGACGGAAACCUUCGGAAGACGACGAGGACGGGGACGAAAGGAGGAAAGUCCGCCGGACGGGUAGAGAGGACGACGACCCGGAGAAGAUGGGCAGAGGGAAGAGGCGGGAGAUGUUGUCCCAGCAGCGCCGCAAGCGCCUGGCUCAGAUGCUGAAGAAGCGAAGGCCUUCCACGGACGAAGACGAGGACCGGACCCCAGAAUCGGAGUCCUCCUCCGAGGAGGACCGACCCGUCCGCAAGAGACUCAACCGCAUCGACUCGGACGACGAGGAGCAGGAUGAGGAAGACGAGGAGGCGAAAGACGACAGUGACGGCGGGGGCGAGGGGCUCGGAGGACAAAGGGGGCGCGCCGACUCCGGGGCGGCCGCGCGGGACAAACGCAACGGCCCCUCGCAAACGGAGGAAGAGGACGAGGAGGACGAGGAAGAGGCCCGGUCGGACUCGUUAAACUCUGUCCACAGCAGUGCGUGCUCGUGAUCUGUUCUUCCUUGGUCUGACUUUCGAGACUGCGGGGUCCCAAAGUUUUCGGUCCAGGGGAGACAUUUUUCCAAGGGACCCACCCCACCCCAAACCCCCAUAAUCACAACGCCAAUUCAACAUAAUGACCCCAAAUUGCCAGAAGAUUUUUAAAAAAAAAGUUGUAAAUUUACAAUAACAAAUUCAUAUUUUUAGAAGAAAAAAAAAGUGGUAAUGUUAUGAGAAUAAUGUCGUUUUUUUUAAGGGGAAAAAGUUCAUCUUUACAGGAACAAAGAUGUAUUCUGAUUUGAUAAAAAAAGUGGUCAUCUUACGAGAAUUAAGUCUUAUUUGUCCAAGAUAAAGUCCCAAUCUUCAUUCCAAUGUCAAGGUUCAUAAAAGCGGCGAUUCGAAUCAAGAAAAGAAAUAGAGUGUCAAAUACCGAAAAAAAAACAACUUACAACAUAUUUUGAUUUUGUUUUUUUUUUUACAUUUAUGAUAUUAAAGUGGAAGGAAGAAGAGUGAAUUUAAAAGGUUCACCUUUAUUCUCGUACAUUAUGCCUUUUAUUCUGGAAUAGAUGCCUUUAUUCUCCCCAAAAAUAGUACUACUGUACAGCGAAACCCAGCCACUGGUGGCGUAACAAUGACUGAGCCCUGCCGGCAACAGCGAAAAGACGCAAGCAAUUGGUGGCAAAGCACUAUUUUUGUCCAAAUGAAACUCAUCAACUCACUUCAGAUAGUUCCUUGGCAUCGGUCUGCCUCCAAAUCGUAGCAAAACGACAUUUUUCAAAAUGUUCUUCAAUUCACUUCAGCAUAGUUGCUUGGCACCAAAGCAAUACUGUUAUUGCUGUGGCCUGAGCACAAAAAAUACAAAUAAAAAAAUGAAAAAUCGGAAUCCCAAAUAUGCGCAGUAAUAUUGUAUUGUAUCUAUUUCCGAUGCAAAGUUAGGGUGACUUGAUGUAUUUUUUUAGAGAGAAAAGUCGUAAUGUUACGAGAAUAAAGUUAUAUAUUUACAAGGACAAAGAUGUAUUUUGACUCGAUAAAAAGUUCACGAGAAUAAAGUCGUAAUUUUCCAAACUAAAGUCGGUAUAGUACGAUUCCGAAAGUCAAAGUUUAACGAGGGAAUCACGUCAUCACAAGUCAAAUUUUAAAAACUCCAACUUUACUCUCAUAAUAUUACGCCUUUUAUUUUUACAACUUUUUUUGCUGGAUUAAUUUGCCUUUUGUUCUUGAAAAAAAAAAACAAGACUAUUUAUGCAGGGAUGUCAGAUUUCUGUGCUUUUUUUUUAUUUGAAGGACUUGAUCGUAUUUGGUCCCCACAUGUAGCCGUUGACUUUUCCAAAUGACACCAAGUAAUCGAUGCAAACGAUUGCGGCGGAACCUCACUUUGACAAAGCGCUCCGCUCGUCGGCCCUCAUGAACCGCACAAGUGGCGACCUCGCAGGUUGUCCGAGACCAUAAAAGGACCGGCGGACGAUCACGUGAUCGCGCCCGCCUCUCCGCCGGAGCCUCGCGGUCCUUCCGGCGGCGCUUGUUUCGCCAAGUGACUUUUCCCACACUGCUGUACGUCACGGGCCCGUGCGCUCGCUCUCAUUGUUGCUCUUGUAAAAUAAUAGAUGUCGCGUUGCGUUUGAGUCCUCAUGUAAAAUAUAGUGUUCUAUUUUUCUCUAUGAAGGAGAGGAGCGUUGCGGCGGCGGCGGCGAGCGAACGCCACAUUUGAUGCGUUUUGGGACGCUUCGGAUGUGGUUAAAAAGCAGACCUGACAGGUGACUUUCUCUUUUUGUUUUGGUUUUUCCGGCCCACUUUAAAGCGGAAUUAAACGUCCGCGUAACAACUUGUUCGGGCGAAACGUGUUCAGCUACUGAAGCGCUCACUAGUUCCGACAAGCCCUUCAUUUGACAUGAAGGGACGUUGAUUCCAUAUCCUUGAUGUCCGGCUGAAGGCCUGUGUACUAGUGUGCUCUUCCUCUUGCUUAGUAGUACAAUUCAACCCACUACUUGAACAUCUCAGGCUCAUCGGUAGAGCAACUGUCAUACUACUAGUCAUUUUUCCCACUACUAGUACGCUGUUUAACCUUACAGUAGUUCACUAGUAACACUUCUACCCCCAACUAGUAGCCAAGUCACGCACUAGCCUCCUUAUCAAGGAUAUUGACGAAAUGAUCAAACGGCUUUAAAGACAUCUGAGCAUUUAUUCCAUGUCCUUAAUAUCCAUUAUAAGGUCCAUGUACUAGUACACUCUUUUUUCCUCACUAGUAGGACAACUUCGGCAUUGUACCAGAACUACUACAGCUCACUAGUACAACAACUCGGCCUCACCAGUAGAAUGACUGUCUUACUAUUAAUGUUUUUUUCCGUUACUAGUGCCACUUUUGGCCUACCAACAUGCAUUGACUACUACUACUACUUUCCAACACAGUAUACUUACUAUGUACUAUUAGGCAUGUCAUGCACUAGUAGCCUUCUUAUCAAGGAUAUGGAAUAAAUGUUCAGCUUUCUUUAAAUUUAUUUGAGCAUUAAUUCAGUAGCCCUAAUAUCCAGUUUAAGCUCCAUACAUGAGUACAUGUUUUGUCGUCACUAGUGAGAAAAUUCAGCACACUGGUACAACAACGUUUUUUUUCCACUAUGAGGGCCGCUUUUGGCUUAGUACUACGCAAUUACACCUUAAUAGGAAACUACUGCGUUGCACUAGUAACAAUAUUAGGUCCAACUAGUUGCCACGUGUCACGCACUCGUAGCCUCCUGAUCAAGGAUAUUGAAUACUGAAAAUGCUCAAACGACUUUGCAUAAAGCUAUUUGAGAAUUUAUUCCAUGUCCUCAAUAUCCAGCUUAAGGUCCAUGUACUAGUAUGCGCUUUGUGAAAAAUUCUUCGAGUUAACAUCUAACGCUUCACUCGUAGCACUAGCAGUGCACAGAUGUCAGCUCGUGUCCAGCUUUGCCUCAUUAGUAACCUGUAGUUGUCCUACUAAUAUGCCAAAGUUUCCCAACUAGCGUGCACAAAUAUCAUACAGUAGAGGAAAAAAGUUACUAGUAAGACGCAGUCAUUCUACUCGUGUGCUGAAUCGCCUUACUAGUAAAGACAGCGUACUCGUACAUGCGCCUUAAACUAGAGAUCAAAGAUAUGGAUUAAAUGCUCAAACGGCUUUCCAUUCACUUUCUAAUUGCUAUGAGCAAAACAGUCUUUUUAGUCACUUUGUUUUUUUUGUUUGUUUGUUUUUUUUUUUUUUUUUUGCAUAAAAUGCCUUUAAAGAAAGAUGUCCCACUGGAAUAAAAUGUAAUUAAUUGUCACACAAAAGAAGUCUGUACUGUAGUGACAGUAUAUUCAAUACCAAAACACCUUAGAACUUCAUUUGUGUUUUAUUUUUUAUACUCUUUGCAGGAAAAAUGAGAGAGACCUUCCUCUAUCCACCAAAUGUAAACUUUCAGCAUCUCGUGUUUUAAGUGAUUUUGUUUUUUUUCUAUCCAAUCAGAGCUGAGCGGGACAGUUUUUUUUUUUGUUGGCCCUUCCUGAGUGUGGACAAAUCCACUGACUCUGAAUCAGACACAAGACACAAAAGAAGCGGUCGCGUUUCCAAAGUGCAAUUCAAUCGGGAUUGAACCGGACCGGACUGGACGUGGACACGGUGUGACUCUUGUUCUGUCGCUGUAGUGUCACAAUAAUGUCACCUCAAUGUUGUCUAAGUUAUUAAAAACCAGCACUGCGAGCAUCUCCUCAAAACA